AUGAGUGCACAGAAACCCAAAUUUCCAUGGGGAGUGGCCUCAGCAGCAUAUCAGGUGGAGGGAGCUUACAAGGAGGACGGCCGGGGCAUGUCAAUCUGGGACACCUUCUCGCACACACCAGGCAAGACAGCGCAAGGGCACACUGGGGACGUCGCCGUAGAUUUUUAUCACCGCUAUGAGGCCGACAUCGCCAUAAUGAAGUCCCUGGGCGUCAAAGUGUUUCGCUUCUCCAUCUCUUGGCCGCGCAUCCUGCCCCAGGGCACCGGCCGGGUGAACAAGCUAGGGGUGCAGUUCUACAGCAAGCUGAUUGACGCUCUGCUGGCUGCCGGCAUUGAGCCUCAUGUUACGCUCUAUCAUUGGGACUUGCCGCAAGCCCUGCAGGACAAGUAUGGUGGGUGGCUGAGCGACAAGAGCAUAAAGGACUUUGCCGCUUAUGCAGAGGUGUGUUUCAAGGCAUUUGGGGACAGGGUCAGCUUCUGGACUACCUUCAAUGAGCCCUGGAGCUUCAUCUGGAUUGGAUACGGAAUGGGCAUUCAUGCGCCAGGGCGGUGCUCUGACAGGAGCAUGUGCGCGGAGGGGGACUCGGCCAGGGAGCCCUGGGUGGUGACGCACAACGUGCUGCUGGCACAUGCGGCGGCUGUCGAGCGAUUUCGCGCGCUGGUACCCCAGGGCAACAUCAGCAUCAACCUCAAUGCCGAGUGGUCGGAACCCAUGACCAGCUCCGUGGCCGACAAGGAGGCAGCGCAGCGCAAUCUGGACUUCAUAUUGGGCAUCUACGCGGACCCCAUCUUUCUGGGAGACUAUCCUGCCUCCGUCCGAUCCCGCAUCACUGACCUGCCAGAGUUCACGCCCGAGCAGCGCGCCUCACUCAAGGGCAGCGCAGAUUACUUUGCGCUGAACCACUACACUUCCAGAUACAUCUCCCACGACGAGGAAGCUGUCCCCACCGGCCUCUCCGCACACACCGAGCGCAAUGGCAAGGCUAUCGGGAAGCAGGCCGACUCAGACUGGCUGCUGGCAGUGCCGUGGGGCUUCCGGCGGCUGCUGGCGUAUGUGCACCGCCGUUACGGGGCGCCAGAAAUCUGGGUUACGGAGAACGGCUGCGAUGCCCCCGGCGAGGACGACGCGGCGUUCCCUGCUGUGCUGGAGGACACCUUCCGGCUGCAGUACUACCAGGAGUACCUGGCGGAAGCCAUGAAGGCAGUGACAGAGGAUGGGGUCAACAUCCGCGGCUAUUUCGCCUGGUCGAUUCUUGAUAAUUUUGAAUGGGCGGAUGGGUACACGAAGCGGUUUGGCAUCGUGUAUGUUGACUACAAGCACGGCCUGCUGCGUCACCUCAAGGCCUCUGCCAAGUUCCUUGCAGCACUCUUCGGGCCAGAGCCGCUCGCUGCUGCCAGAGCCGCCGCUGCGAUCCAAAGUGCCACAGUCGACUGA